UUUUUACCCUCGUUGACGUUUUGACUAGGAACGAAACUAGAUAAUCGAUAAAGGAUUUAAGCUAGUGUUUUGAUGUGGACUCGUUAUACCCUGUCGGCAACAACACUGAAUUGUAGGACGUUUUCAGCCACCUUCCUAGGUUGUCCGUCAACGCUAAUGUCGUUUCCACCGAGAUGAAUGAAAACUCGAUCAGGGGAAUACUGAAGCAGGUUUUGCAGGCAGUUUAUCGAAAAGAUCAUGAGUUUCUCGGCGCCAGCCUUGGUGGCUGCCAUUGAUUUGGGUACAACAUUCUCUGGAUACGCAUAUUCACUUCGUAGCGCAUUCGAUGAGAAUCCACUAAAGAUCAACACCAACUAUUGGUGUAACGAGUAUAUGGGCCUGCUUUCACUUCAAACACCUUCUGUUGUUCUGCUGAAGCCAAACAAAACAUUCCAUGCUUUUGGAUACGAAGCGGAAAACAAAUACGCCUCGCUUGCAGAAGACAGUGAACAUAUGGAGUGGUUCUACUUCAAACGCUUCAAGAUGACUGUCUGUCAAAAUAAAAGUCUACGACGAACCACGAUAAUAAAAGAUGCUAAUGGUAAGGAGAUGCCAGCUAAGACAAUCUUUACGAUGGCCAUCAAAUAUCUUAAGGAUCAUCUGAUGGGAAUAUUGAAUAGUCAUGGGGCUGAAAUUACAGAGGACCUCAUUCUCUGGGUACUGACUGUUCCCGCCAUUUGGAAUGAAGUCGCCAAAGAAGUCAUGACGGAGGCAGCAGCAGAGGCUGGUAUUCUGAGUAAACAGUUGUUGUUGGUUUCGGAACCAGAGGCAGCGACGAAUUACUGCAGUCACAUUCUCAUGGAACCUAUGUCAGAUAGCGAAGAAAGAAAUGAAAAUAACUUUUUCGAACCUGGGACACAAUAUAUGGUGUUGGAUUUGGGAGGAACAUGUGUCACCACAGUCCUUAAAGUACAGUCGGACCACAGUCUUCGGAAGGUCCAUCAUGUCACUGAUGUAGCGUGGGGAGGAACCAAAGUGGACGAUGCGUUUUAUCAGUUCUUGGCGAAUCUCUUUGGAAAUGAUGUCCUGUCAACGUUGAGGGAUGAAAACAUGGAUGAUUAUAUUACACUCUUCCGUGAGUUUGAAGUGAAGAAACUCACUAUCAAGCCCGAUUUAGAAAAUAAAGUAAUCAUAAAAUUACCACUUCGUCUGCUGGAGAUAUUUCAGGAGCAGUCAGAAAAAACACUGGCAGAAGCACUGCCACAGACAAGGUUCGCAAAGACAGUAGAAUUAAGGAUGAACAAACUUCGAAUAUAUCCCGAAAUUUCCAAAGAAUUUUUCAGUCAGACACUGCAAGGAAUCAUUCAACAUACCACAGAAAUCAUGCAGUCCUUUCAAGGGGAGUCUGUAUCGAAAAUUCUUCUCGUAGGCGGUUUUUCUGAAUCACCAAUGGUGUUGAAGGCAAUAACGGAAUCAUUUCCUAAUAAAACUGUUAUUGCCCCUGCCGAUCCAGAGUUAACAGUCCUGAAAGGAGCUGUGUUAUGUGGUCACACCCCAAAUACUGUUUCGUAUAGAUUUAUUCGCACUUCCACUGCUGUUUCAUCGGGAAUUGGAAUGUAAAUAAAUUUGCCAUUUGUUGAAUGGUUGCUUGCAAAUUAAUCCUCGCAGCUGUGAAGAAGAAACUUCAAACGUACUGUGUGACUACAUAUGGAAGAAGUGGUGUAAAUCAAAUGUGGGUUCUACAAAAUUCUAAAGAACUUUUAGUAAACUUGAAAUAACAAAACUUUUCUCAAAUUAACAACAUCAAAACAUGUGACUUUUCAACACUUUAUACGACCAUUCCUCACGAUAGAUUAAAGACUAGACUUUUUGACAUCAUAGACAGUUGCUUCGUCAGCAAAAAUGGAAAACGCAAAUAUUCCUAUCUGAUUCCACGCACAAAUACUCUGAAGUUGAAAUGAAAAAUAUGCUGGAGUUCCUCAUUGACAAUAUCUUAGUUGUCUUUGGUUAUCAGAUCUUCCAAAAGUCUGUUGGAAUCCCUAUGGGCACAAAUUGUGCUCCUUUGUUAGCUGACCUGUUUUUAUAUUCCUAUGAAGCAGAAUUUAUUCAAAAACUUCUACGUGAGAAGAAAAAACCUCUUGCUGUGGCCUUCAAUUUGACAUUUAGAUAUAUCAACGACGUAUUAUCUAUAACAAAAAUAAUUUUCAUUCAUAUGUCGAUUCGAUAUAUUCCAGUGAACUCGAAAUAAAAGACAUCACAGAGUC